AUGUUCAGUCCCAGUUGCAGCAGUGCUAACAGUAUCUGGUGUAGCAGCAGCAGUAGUGCUCACCGAUGUGGGCAAGAGCAUGCUCUGAGUCCCACCGGCCACCUAAUCGCAGCUGUCUGCCUUGGGAUCAUUGGGACUUUGGGCUUCCUGAACAAUCUUCUAGUCCUGAUACUUUUCUGCUGGAAUAAAGUGCUGCGUUCUCCCAUUAACUGGCUACUGAUAAACAUUUCAGUGAGUGACCUGAUGGUGUGCAUUCUGGGCACCCCUUUCAGCUUUGCAGCCAGCACACAGGGGAAAUGGCUCAUUGGGCCAGCUGGCUGUGUGUGGUAUGGCUUUGUCAAUUCCUUGUUUGGUACAGUGUCACUUAUUUCUUUGGCUGUGCUUUCAUAUGAACGAUAUUGUACAAUGAUGAGAACAACCGAAGCAGAUGCCACCAACUACAAAAAAGUAUGGAUAGGGAUCUUUGUGUCCUGGGUGUACUCUUUAAUCUGGACUUUACCACCUCUGUUUGGAUGGAGCAGCUAUGGACCAGAAGGACCAGGCACAACGUGUUCAGUAAACUGGCAUUCAAGGGAUGCCAACAACGUGUCUUACAUCAUUUGCCUCUUCCUCUUCUGCCUUGUCAUUCCCUUUUCCGUUAUUGUUUACUGCUAUGGAAAGCUUCUGUGUGUCAUGAAGCAGGUCAGUAGAGUAAAGAAAGGGGUGGCACAAACAAGAGAGCAUCGCGUCCUGAUCAUGGUGGUUGUGAUGGUCAUUUGCUUUCUGCUGUGCUGGCUACCUUAUGGGAUUAUGGCACUGAUAGCAACUUUUGGGAAGCCUGGUCUGAUUACUGCAUCUGCCAGUAUCAUCCCUUCCAUCCUCGCAAAGAGCAGCACAGUCUACAAUCCAGUCAUCUACAUAUUCUUAAACAAACAGUUUUACAGGUGCUUUUGUGCUUUCCUAAAAUGCGGCAUGAUGCCAAGAGGCUCCAGCACUAAAUGUUCCUCAAGAUCUACUCGAGUGUGUUGUACCAUCCAGAGAUUACAGGACAACAACUUCACAUUUGUGACUGCUUCUGCAGGUCAGCCUUCCUCGGGGCAUCAAGAAGCAGCCAUUAGCUUACAGAAUCCCAAACCAACUACAGAGCACAGCUCCAAGGCAAAACAAACCAUACUGCUUGUAGCUCACUAA